CUCCUUCACCUCAGUCUCUUCUGCUUCUCUCCUCUCCAGUGUUCUGUUCCCUCUCUCUGUUUCAAGCCCAUUUUGGACUUCUGAACGGAGAGGCAGAAAUCGGGACAGAAGGAGCGCCGCAGCCAGAGUUCCCAGGGUGACUGAGUUUAAGUGAAGUUCAACUGUGAAUGUUGGAAAUAAUGGAGAGCUUUAAAGACCUUCUGCAGAAGCUGCAGGAAGCCCAUGAAGGAGAAGUGGAAGUUUUACAGGUGAAAGUCAAAGAGCUGUCCAACAAGAAGGGCUGCGACACAAAGCGGAUGGAGGAACUAUUCACCAGAAACCAGCAGAUGAAAGAGCAGCAGAAAUUACUAAUGGAGAACAUCAAGACUCUAGAAAACAGACUGAGAGCCGGUCUGUGUGACAGAUGUACCGUAACCCAAGAAGUCGCCAAGCGAAGACAGCAGGAGCACGAAGCCUUACGCAUACAGAGCCUUCAGCACAUCUCCCUCCUUGCUGGAGAAAUGACCAACCUUCGGAAAGAGAAUCUUAGACUUAAAAACGAGAUUGCCAGUUUAAGAGCAGCACUUGAAAGUUGCAGCGAGCACAACAACAACAAUAACAACAACUCUGUCGACAUCAAACCAAAGUUGUCUCCUGACCCCCUGUCCCCCGGAGCUGUAGCCCUGGUCAGCCCAACCAGCCAGUCCAGAGACCAACCAGCAGAUGGCGAUGUACUGGUGAAGACUGAGGCAGACCACAGAGGUGAAGAAACUGAAUGCAGGCUGCUGAGAGGCACAAACCGAAGUAUUUUUGAAGUAUACAAGCCUCAGCCAACUUCAGCAUCAUCAUCCUGGAAGACAGAGCACAGACUAAACCGAUCUAGAGAGAAUAGCAUUGAAGCACUUGAUCAGCAUUCCUCCAUGCAUAACCCACUUCUUCGGAAGAAGUCCUCCUCCUCACCAAGUGGAGAGGUGAGACCAAACAGACCUGUGAUCCACGCGCCCAUCCCCUGCCAUCCCAAGCCAAUCAAGAGUGGCCCCGUCUCUCUGCCCUGGCCUCUAUCUGAAGGUCCGAACUGGGGUCCCCUGGCAGCUGUGGGAGCCAACCCGGGCCUGCAGAACCCUUCCAACAGGCUUCAUCUGACACGUCUUUCCAACUUGAUCCCACAAAUCUCACAAGCCACCAUCAGAAGGCAUAGUUUAGGUUCUCCGUGGCAGAGCCAAAAGCAGAGCACGCCUCCGCCCCCUAAAGAACCAACAGUGGUGUUCACAUUCAGGAGGAUGCCAGAGAACAUAGAGAAUGAAACUAAGCCUGUGGAGAAAAGAGAAAGCCCACCUUCCAAGACUGAAAAAGUCUCUGGAGAAGAACUUCGAGAGAGCUCUGACGGGCCUCUGGACCUUUCCGAUCGAGCGAAGUCUAAACCUAACCAACCUGGAAAUGAUGACAGUCCCAUCGCCUUGCAAAGCGAAGGAGACAUACAGAGGAGCCCUGACAGAAAUGUAAAUACAGCCAUACCUGUGUCAUCACCUUCACUCAUUUCUCUCCCUUCUUCCUCCUCCUCAACACCCAUCAAACAAGAACAAGAGUUGAACAGUGAUCAUAACCAUGAGGUUAACGAUCAGGACAAAAACGAAGAAGCAAAUGAUAAAAUGGAGCAAAGCAACGGAAAGAAAGUUCCUGUCCUCACUCUGUCAUUACGUCCAGCACUGGUAAGGCUAGAGACCCUCACAUCUCCGCUCCAGAAACAAGAGUUGAAGACGUCAAACGGCAAGCAAAAGUGUCCUUCUAUUGCGAGCCCUUGUGCUUCCUCAGCAUCGCCACAGUCCUCAUCUUCAGCAAAUGAGGCAGACAGCAGCCUGGACGAGCAGGAAGACAAUAGUGGGUCGGGUCAGGAGAGCAAGGCAGGCCACAGGAGGAAGAGACUCCGCAUAGAGACCGAAACCGACAAAGACUCAGACACAAACAACACGCACCAGGAUAGAAGAUUCAAGAUCACAGUGAGAACCGAGGAGAGGAGCCCCAGCUAGAGAGGGGGAUGAAAAUCACACCUGGACGCUCAUACCGACGAGAAGUUACCAAUUUCCUCCCACACGGAGGCAGCGUGGCGAGAUGCAAACCCAGCACCGACUUCAUCAAACAUCCUGAACGCUCUGCCGCGGAAAGGAACGGCUCAUUUGCAUAUUGUUUUAUUUCAUAAGCGUGACGCCUAACCAGCUUCCACUCCCUUUUACAUCAGUUUUUGUGUGUGUGUGUGUGUGUAUGCGUGUGUGUGUGUGUGUGCAUGUGUGUGUGUGUGCAGAACGUGAUCAAAAAAUCACACGUGCAACCGAAUAUACACCUUCAUAUACAUGUAGAGGUUGUAACUUUGCAAAUACAGGUUGCACCAAUAUGGUACGGCUUCAUAUUUGUCACCUACAGAAAAUAACAGUAAUCUGUAGGUUUGUCAGCAGAAGUGAAAGACAUUAGUCAGCUGAUUUGUAUUAUGGCAGGUUAUUAUUAUAUUGUGUGUGCGCCUGUCUCUCUCGUUCUGGAUGUUCCUUUUUAUACUCUGAACAUACUGCUAAACCAACAGUAGUGUCAUCUCCCAACAUGUUGCGUCAUAGCGAAUGCAUUGUAGCUCGUAGUCGACGCAAAAACCGAGCAGCUCGGAUUCUGGGAUGAGAACUCAUCCUCAACGCCAGCAGCUUUCCAGAGUAGCCACACUGUUUCAACUCUGUCACUCAACCAGCAUGAGGAAAAAAGUUUCUUAUUUUUUCUUCUGGUUUUGUCACAUUCAAAUCUAGAACAAAUCUUUAAUAUAAAAAAAAAACAAAACGCUGAGUUACAAAGCAGUUGUCAAAUGAUGACUUCAAUCAUGGCCUUACGUGAAACAUAAUUUCUACCACUGUUAAAGUCUUGACAGUCCUGUGAUUGAUCAGGGUUUUUUGUUUGUUCUUUUUUUCUUUUUGCUUCAGUUUUACUGUAGAAUUAAGAAAUCACUUAAACAGCUUGUCUCACAUGAUCUGACAAAUUAGCAGAUCAUGUCCAGACUGACAGAAGUGAAUUAGUGUCAUGAGUUGUAUCGUGUUAAAUAUGUGGUUGGAAUAAAAUUGAACAGUUUUCUUUUA